UGCACAGAUGUCAUUCACAAUGGAGGAUCAUUUGGAGUCGGGCUGGGUUGCCGUUCGCCCGAAUGCGUUCGAGGAGAAGGAGAAGCACAAAUUUGUCUUCAUCGUAGCCUGGAACGAAGUGGAAGGCAAAUUUGCCAUAACAUCUCACAACAGGACGGCGCAAAGGAGAAGCUUUGGCAGCAGGGACCCUCCGUCCGAGGAUGGAGACAAAACAAGGUGGCCCGGAAGUCCCGCCGGGGAUCAAGUGUCCACGAGCCCCGGCUCAGGAGCCAGGGAGGCUGCCGCGAAAGGCCUUAAAGGCAAGCCCCCAGGUUCCAAACUAAGCCCUGUGAAGAUUACAACGGUGGUCGACUGCGUGUCAUCUCACGUCAGUUGUGACGGAGAGUCGCAGAGAGAGGAGCAGCUGCCCUCCGUGGACACGUCGGACCUGGAGGAUAGUCUGAGCCGUGAGGACUGCAGCUGGGCGGGCCUCUUUUCCUCCCGGGAUCUGCGGGCGCUCCAUCAGCAGCUGUGUUCGGUCAACUCGGACCUAGAGCCCUGCCUCCCCGUCUUCCCGGAGGAACCGAGCGGGAUGUGGACGGUGCUCUUUGGACCGGCCGAGGUCUCGGAGGCCGACAUGGAUGAGCUGUGUUCCGAGUUGCAGCGCUACCUCGGCCACGCGCUCGACAUAUGCGGCUGGAAGAUCCUCUCGCAGCUUCUGUUCGCGGAAAACGAGGACCCAGACGAGUACUACGAGAGCCUGAGCGAGCUGAGACAGUGCGGAUAUGAAGAGGCGCUUUUCCGCGAAAGUCAACACCUGCGAGAGCUUCUGGACAGACACAAGAGCUUGGACAGCAUGGUUGACUUGCUAGAACUUUAUGAGGAGGAGGACCAGGCCUACGGAUGCUUGCUGGAGGCCUCCACGCAACUGUACCAGUACCUGCUGCAGCCAUUCCGCGACAUGAGGGAGCUUGCCAUGCUGCGGAGACAGCAGAUCAAGAUCUCCGUGGAGAACGACUACCUGGGCCCCAGGCGCAUUUCUGCCCUCCAGCAGGAGGACUCUGAUUGGCAGAGGAAAGCUCAAGAAGCUGUCCUUAUUAUCCAAGAGUUCACCGUCAAAUAUUUUGAGACAACGGCUAGAGCUCAGAAAGGAGUUUAUGAGCGUAUGAAGGCGGACCAGCGCAAGUUCGGUAAGGCCUCGUGGACAGCGGCGGUGGAGCGUAUGGAGAGAAUCCGCUACUCUGUCGCCAAGGAAACCCUGCAGCUGCAAAGAGCCCGGGAGAUCAGCCUGGAGCAGAGGAAAUGCACGCUUCGAGAAGAGAUGCAGAGCCUGUGUAGCAGCGAGGACGCGGUGACCCGACUGGACCACAUGGAAUCCCAGUACUACGAGGUGCAGCUCCAACUGUACGACAUCCAGGCCGAGAUUCUUCAGUGCGAGGAACUGCUUCUCACCGCCCAGCUCGACAGCAUUCGGAGACAGAUGACAGAGCACCGGAAUGAGGUGGUGUACUACGACACUUUUGAGAGCGCUGACGAAAUAACAGAGGAGGACACGGCGGAGAAGGAAGAAGUGCAUCGACUUCAGGUCAGCGCGCGACGACUGGAAGCGCGACGGGGGCGCAUCACGGCCAAGCGUUCCUAUCUGAGGAGCAAGAGGGAGAUCUGUGUAUCGAACCACGUUAAGAAACAACAAAAGCGUCAAAGCACCCAGAAAGACUCCUUACAGACAAAAUACGAAGAAGAAGAAGAAGAAGAAGAAGAUGAUGAAAGAAAGAAUAGCAGAGUUCGUCAAGAGAGGCAGAGGACUCUGGAUCGACUUCGCACUUUCAAGCAGCGCUACCCGGGUCAGGUGAUUUUCAAGUCCGCUCGAUUGCGUGCGGCCCACGGCAGAAGGAGAGAGCGCGGCAGGAUGACGCCGACGGACGGUGAGGGUGAAAGGGAGGAGCGUUCCGAGCCCGCCGGCGCACGGGACCCGGGCCGGCAGCCGCUGUUUCUCAGCAUCAGCGUGCAGACGGACCCCGGCUCCGUCGCGGUCCUGGCAGCGCAGUCGCUUCCUCCUUUGCCCGUGCCCAGUCCCGCGGACUCCUUCUGCUCCCCUUGCGCCCUGUCCUCGCUGCUGGCGUCCCCGGCCUCGCCUCCGCCCCCGCCCCCGCCCCCGCCCCCUCCUCUGCCUCUCCCGCCAAUACGAGAACAGGUGUCCCCCUCCGACGGCCCGGGCAGACAGGCGCUGAGCGCCGAGGAGCGGAGUGCGUCAGAGGAGCUCUCUCAGUCCCCUCUUGGCCCCUUCCAUCCUCGAUUCUUCGACAGCAGCCAGCUGGUGAGCGCCCGCAAAAAGCUGAGGAAGACUCCGGGCUUUGAGGCCCACAGCGGACGAGGGAGCUCCCCCAUGGACGAAGUACUGGCCUCCCUGAAGAGAGGCAGUUUCCACCUGAAGAAGGUCGACCCGCGGGCCAUCCCUCCCGCUGCUCACAGUGACGACGACCCCAACAGCAUCUUAGCGCAGAUCCGCAAGGGGGUCAAACUGAGGGAAGUCCCCCCUCAAGAAAGGAAAGGCCAGGAGGACGUCGCUGCUCCCAGAGACCCUCUGACCCAAAGCAUCUAUGAGGCACUUCGGCGAAUAAAAGAGGCCUCGCCAGAGUCGGACUCUGAUGACGACGGGCCGGGUGGGCCCGACUGGGAAAGCUAGGGUUCGUAACUCAGACCAGACCAAAAUGGAACCAAUAAGACCGCACGAUAGCGAAUAGGAACCUGCUAGUGUCCCUCGAGGUACAUUCCACAGCACUGUACCCUAUUGGGAUAAUUACAGUGUUUAACUCGGUUUGCAAGCAUGUUCCCAAUAGCACCACCCUUGAAGCUACUACCUGGUGACACUGUACCUUUCAAGGUCCAAGCCUGUACUCGUACUACACUACACCACGCUACGCUCUUACUACACACACACACACACACACACACACGUAGCAACAACACAAAGGGGGAUGGGGCACACUAAACAUCACCAAAUAUAGGUCAUCCUGAUCAUUUUUUAUUCUGAUUCACCGCAUUGUUCGUAAUUAUUGUACUGUGACAACGUAACGAUGCCAUAUUUAUUUGUAGUUAUUCAACUGUUGUGUAGCCGAUAUCAACAUGCCCAGUUUGUUUGUUUUCCGACCCUUUGCACUGAGCCUUCAAUAUGGAAUGGAAAACCUCAAGCAGAAAUCCGUCUUGACACUGGAACAAAUACGUUUAUGGGCACGGUUUGUAAAUUGGGCUCAUAUGGAUUAUAAGAAUACAAAUCCCUCUGAGAUUUAAACGGAAAUCACGAGGCCAAGCGUUACCAUCUUUAAUAUGAAGCCGGUGCCGCGCGGGGGUGUACGUCAACAUGUACGUCAUGUCGCGCGGACAAUAUAGUGAAGGCACACUGCUCGUCUCAUACGACAUUGCACAUAAGCAGUAAAUCCUUCAGUAUGUUACACUUGAUUGCCCCCCUCCCCCCUCCCCCCCUCCUGUCCUCUUCUGGCUUCACCACCCCCAUGUUCCUCAUCCAGCUAGGAUGACCAUCUGCUGAACUGCAGCAUGCUAUGCGAUAGAGCUGCGGGAGAUGUCGCGCCUCAAUCCGUGGGUUAUUGCCACAGCGUGUUCGCAACGAGCGCCGGGAGAUGCCCGAGCUUUGUGCGGACUGUGGGAGGCUCUGCAUCACCGGCGACUGCUACUCCACCUUCUCCACACGCACACUCGAGUAGGCAGUCACGCUCAGUUGGAAGUCAGUCACUCACACGCUAGGUUUGUAGCCAACGUGCGCUUGCUGACCGCAUUCUGUAACAAUUUUACAGUUCCAGUAUCGCGUAUGGUACAAUGGAUUGUGACACUUUGCUAGUUCAUCUACGGGAUGUGAAAAUAGGAGAUCCCUUUUCAGUUGUAACAGCUUUCAAGUCUGGGAUAUAUAUAUAUUUUUUUUUUUUGCACAUUCAUCAGUGGUCCAUAAGCUUUAUCCCGCCUAAAUAAUAAUGUCUCAAUACUUAUGUAAUGUAUAUGAACUGGUUUCAGCGCUUAUAUUCAGCACUUGAAUAUGUUGAAUUUAUGCAUACAGUCAUUUGAGUGUGUUUCAAAGCCCUGACUGUGGAACAGUUAAUAUCGAAUUCAUUU